AUGGAGAGCACCGUGACCAACGCCGAGAAGUACUUCGGCCACUUCUGCUCGCUGCUGGCUGCCUACACCCGGAAGACAGCCCGGCUGCGGGACAAGGCCGACCAGCUGGUCAAGCAGCUCGUCGACUUCGCCAACACGGAGAACCCCGAGAUGCGGGCCACCCUGAGGAACUUCGCCGAGGAGCUGGCCAGAGUGCAGGACUACCGGCAGGCCCAGGUCGAGAGGCUGGAGACCAAGGUUGUGACUCCCCUGAAGUUCUAUGGGCCUCAGAUAAAGCAGACGCGGGCCGAGAUCAAGAAGUGCAAACACAUACGGAGUAAUGAGAUCAAGCAACUGGAGAAGCUGGACAAACUGAGGCAAAAGUCACCUUCGGAUAGGCAAAUGAUCUCCCAGGCGGAGACCGGCGUGCAGAAGGCCUCGGCGGACGCCAGCCGCACCACCCACCAGCUGGAGGAGACGGUGGACGCCUUCCAAACGCAGAAGCUGAAGGACCUGCAGAAAAUUUUUCUGGACUUCGUGACCAUUGAGAUGGUCUUCCACGCCAAAGCGGUGGAGGUGUAUUCCAGCGCCUUCCAGACGCUGGAGAACUACGACCUGGAGGGGGACCUGCAGGAUUUUAGAGCCAAGAUGCGCGGAGUUUAUGGGCAGAAGGACGCGCGGCCCCGCAGGGACACGGCUCCCUCCGCAGCUGUUCCGUGGUCUCGCCCCAGCCAGAGCGCCCAGAGCACCACGCGCAGCCAGAGAAAAGAAGAGGAGGCGAGUGAGGACGACUUCCCCGAGGAGGAGCUGGAGGAGGAGGACCUCGGGGGCUGGGACAGGGACUCCAUCAAUGGGAUGAGAACUUCCAAGUCCAGAAAGUAGGGGCUGACCUGGAUGUUUGGGGGGACCCUGCUGCGUAUCCCUGGCAAGUCAUGUGUCCUCUGAGCUUCAGUUUCCUCGUCUGUACGACAGGGACAAUAUCUCUCACCUCCCAGGGGGCUCUGGGGUUCAAGGUGCCCAGCAUGGUGCCUGCCGCAGAAUGGGUGUCAAUACACAAUGGGUGCAUCCC